GCACGCGCACUUCGCGUCCCACAGAGGUAGCCACCCUCGGGUUGCUAGGGCUGUUCUGCACCUAGUGCGCAACUCGCGCCUCGGGGCGGGGCUGGGGAGCGCGCGCUCCUGACGUCAUUGCCGCGCGCCGCCGCCGCCUGCGCUUCUGCUACUUCGCGGGAGAAGUUGUUGGCGCCAAUGGAUUCUGAGCCCCGAUAACGGAUUCCCCCAGCCGCGGACCUGCCCACCUGCUCCUGUUCGGUCGUGGGGCUGCGAUGAGGACCCGGGUUCAGUUCCCAGUGCCCACAUAGAGGCUCAUAACCUUCCCAUAACUCCGUUUCCAGGAGACCCGAGACCUCUUCUGAUCUCCAUAGGCACCAGACACGUAUGUGAUAUGCACGCAUACAUGCAGGAUAUUCGGAAAUUCUUUGGGGUUAUAUCAAGUGGAAAAAAGCCUGUAAACGAGACAGUAAAGACUGAGAAGACAAAACCUUCCGAGGGAACUGUCAAAGGAAAGAAAGCAGUAGAGGAAGCCAAGGUUAAUAACUCCAGUAAAGAGGAUGCCUCCAAACCAAAGCAGCACAGCAAGAAGAAGAGGGUCAUCUAUGACUCAGAUUCAGAAUCAGAGGAGACAGUACAGGUAAAAAAUGCUAAAAAGAAAUCAGAAAAAUUGCCACGAUCUUCUAAACCUGGUAAAAUCUCUCGGAAGGAUCCUGUUACUUACGUUUCUGAGACAGAUGAGGACGAUGACUUUGUAUGUAAAAAGGCAGCCUCCAAAUCAAAAGAGAACGGUGUAUCUACAAAUACUUACCUUGGAACAUCAAAUAUGAAAAAGAAUGAAGAAAACAUUAAGAGUAAGAAUAAACCGUUAUCUCCAAUAAAACUCACACCAACAUCAGUGCUUGAUUAUUUUGGAACUGAAAGUGUCCAGAGAUCUGGGAAGAAGAUGGUGGCAAGCAAGAGGAAAGAGUCUUCUCAGAACACAGAAGAUUCCAGAUUAAAUGAUGAAGCCAUCGCCAAGCAGCUGCAGCUCGAUGAAGAUGCAGAGCUGGAGAGGCAGUUGCAUGAAGAUGAAGAGUUUGCAAGAACACUGGCCUUGUUGGAUGACGAACCCAAGACCAAAAAGGCCCGAAAGGAUUCUGAAGAGGGAGAGUCAUUUUCACCUGUCCAAGCUGAUUUAAGCAAAGCAGCAAAACAGAAAAGCCCAGCGAAAGCAGAGCGUUUCUCAAAUGGAAGAAAGACCUACAGUCCUGCCAAGCAUGGCAAGGGCAGGGGCUCAGAAGACACGAAGCAGCCCUGCAGACCAGCUCACCAGAAGGACGCUGCCUGCUCCCCCAAGGCCAGUUCCAAACUGGCUCUCAUGAAAGCGAAAGAAGAAAGUUCUUACAAAGAAACAGAGCUGCUGCCUGCAAGAAGAAAAGAAAGUGCCACUGAGUCCAGAGGAGAGAAAACUACUCCUAAGAAAACGAAAGGUUCUCCAGCUAAGAGAGAGUCUGUAAGCCCAGAAGAUUCUGAAAAGAAGCGCACUAAUUAUCAAGCUUAUCGAAGCUACUUAAAUCGAGAAGGUCCCAAAGCUCUGGGCUCCAAAGAAAUACCCAAGGGAGCUGAGAAUUGCUUGGAAGGCCUGACGUUUGUGAUCACAGGAGUGCUGGAGUCCAUUGAACGAGAGGAGGCCAAGUCUCUAAUUGAACGUUACGGGGGGAAAGUAACAGGAAAUGUGAGCAAGAAAACCAACUACCUCGUCAUGGGCCGGGACAGCGGGCAGUCCAAGAGUGACAAGGCAGCAGCUCUGGGAACAAAAAUCCUUGAUGAAGAUGGCCUGUUGGAUCUGAUUCGAACUAUGCCAGGCAAGAAAUCCAAGUAUGAAAUAGCUGCUGAGGCUGAGAUGAAGAAAGAAAAGUCCAAAUUGGAACGAACACCCCAAAAAAAUGACCAAGGAAAAAGAAAAAGUAGUCCAACCAAGAAGGAGUCAGACUCUAAAAAGAGCAAGCUAACUCCCCUGAAGAACAGUCCUAUGAAGGCAAUGAAGAAGGAGGCAAGUGUGUGUCCAGGGGGCCUGGAUGUCAAGGAGACACAUGGCAGCUGCAGUGGCAACAAAGAGGAGUGUCUGCUCUGGGUAGAUAAGUACAAGCCCACCUCACUCAAGAGCAUAAUCGGACAGCAGGGGGACCAGAGCUGUGCCAACAAACUGCUACGCUGGCUCAGAAACUGGCACAAGAGUUCUGAAGAGAAAAAACAUGCAGCAAAGUCUGGCAAACUUGCCAGCAAAGAUGAUGGCUCAAGUUUCAAGGCAGCAUUGCUGUCUGGCCCUCCAGGGGUUGGCAAAACCACUACAGCUUCUCUUGUGUGUCAGGAAUUGGGCUACAGUUACAUGGAACUAAAUGCAAGUGAUACUCGGAGUAAGAACAGUUUGAAAGCAAUUGUUGCUGAAUCUUUGAACAACACCAGCAUCAAAGGCUUUUAUACAAGUGGAGCAGCUCCUUCCGUGAGCGCGAGGCAUGCUCUCAUCAUGGAUGAGGUCGAUGGCAUGGCUGGCAAUGAGGACAGGGGUGGAGUUCAGGAGCUAAUAGGCCUGAUAAAGCACACUAAAAUUCCCAUCAUUUGUAUGUGCAAUGAUAGAAAUCACCCCAAAAUUCGCUCAUUGGUUCAUUAUUGUUUUGAUCUUCGUUUCCAAAGACCUCGAGUUGAACAGAUUAAGAGUGCAAUGCUGUCUAUUGCAUUUAAAGAGGGUCUAAAGAUCCCCCCUCCAGCUAUGAAUGAAAUAAUUUUGGGAGCUAAUCAAGAUGUCAGACAGGUUUUACACAAUCUCAGUAUGUGGUGUGCACAAAGUAAGGCCCUAACCUAUGACCAAGCCAAGGCCGAUUCUCAAAGGGCCAAGAAGGAUAUCAGACUGGGCCCAUUUGAUGUGGCACGGAAAGUGUUUGCAGCUGGAGAGGAGACUGCACACAUGUCACUGAUGGACAAGUCGGAUCUCUUUUUCCAUGACUAUUCCAUAGCACCUCUCUUUGUCCAGGAGAACUACCUCCAUGUAAAGCCUGUGGCUGCAGGGGGUGACAUGAAGAAGCACUUGAUGCUUUUAAGCCGGGCAGCAGAUAGCAUAUGUGAUGGUGACUUAGUGGACAGUCAGAUUCGGAGUAAGCAAAACUGGAAUCUUCUGCCCACACAGGCCAUUUAUGCCAGUGUUCUUCCUGGAGAAUUGAUGAGGGGCUACAUGACUCAGUUUCCAAGCUUCCCAAGCUGGCUGGGGAAACAUUCGUCUACGGGCAGACAUGAUCGGAUUGUUCAGGACCUAUCCUUGCACAUGAGCCUUAGAACUUACUCCAGCAAAAGGACAGUGAACAUGGAUUACCUGUCACACAUCAGAGACGCACUUGUACGACCCUUGACCUCACAAGGGGUAGAAGGGGUUCAGCAUGUUGUCACACUUAUGGACACAUACUAUUUGAUGAAAGAAGAUUUUGAGAACAUCAUGGAAGUUAGCAGCUGGGGGGGCAAGCCCAGUGCCUUUUCCAAGCUGGAUCCCAAGGUGAAAGCAGCCUUCACGAGAGCCUACAAUAAGGAGGCCCACCUGACCCCGUACUCACUGCAGGCAGUAAAGACAUCGAGGCUCAGCACAGGCCCAGCACUGGAUUCCGAAUAUAGUGAGGAGUUACAGGAAGAUGACGCUCAGUCUGAUGAGAAAGAGCAGGAUGCAGUAGAGACCGACGCCAUGAUCAAGCAGAAAAAGACAAGAUCUUCAAAGCCUUCAAAAUCAGAAAAAGAGAAGGAGUCCAAAAAAGGAAAAGGGAAAAAUUGGAAGAAAUGAAGCCAUUGUUCAAUACCAAUAACUACUUUUAACUUACUCUCUCUCUCAGCUAGUCCAGUUGGUCUAGAGACUGAAAGCCUUCCCCUUUGCCAGAGUAACAGGUUCGGUGUAGCUCAAUGGGGUGGCCUGGUGGCCCCAUUAUAAAGGACGGUACAGCUAGAAGGUCCUACUAGCCAGCUCUCAUGCACCUCUUAUAGAGGUGGAUAGGACUGUUCAGGCCUGCAGUGUCCCUGUCCACUGUUAGAUUGCUGGGAUUCAAAGUGACUGUGUAGAAUCAAAACUAGAAAGUACGCAGGCUUUGGAGUCAAAUUUUAGUUAACCAUAGCAAGACAGGGUGCAGUGGGACUGAGGCAUCUUUUGUAGCUUAAGUUUUAUCCUAAUGGCCUUUAGAGGACCAAUGCUGAAGGUUUUUUUUUUUUUUUUUUUUUUUUUAAAACAUGGUAGUUAUUUUAUGGUGAAAUUCUGUAAAUAAACCUUAAUCCAAAGCAGCCACCACCUGGAGCUGAGUAUUCUUGGUGUAUUAUCAGGUAUUUUGCAAAGUGUGCGUCAGGAAUCAGAUAUCCAUGUAAUGCAUGGGUCACUUUUGUCAUCUUGCGAAGCAGAAUAUUAUGUUGUAUAUUACUUUUCUUAUUAACUUGAUUGGAUUACAAUAUUCAGCGUUUCUUACUAACUCCGUGAAUCGCAGUUCUGCAGGAGAAGGGUCGGAGCUCAAAUUCUCAGCAUCCUUUUGCACUGACCACAUCGCUGCUGUAGGUAGUCUGAGAGAGGCCACUUGGCUAGUCAGGGUGUGCAGACACGGGACUGCUUCACAUUCCUGUCCCCGUGUAGUCUUAGCCAUCAGGUUGAAACCAGUGGUAGAGUGCAGGCUGGGUCAGACCCAUAGGCUCAUUCUGGCCAGGAGAUGCUGUCCUGUGAUGGAGCCUGUAAGCCCCACAGGAAUUCCAGAUUGUAUCUAGAACUGUGCUUAUUGAGGGACCCUGGGCCGUGGCCGUAACCUGGCCUUUAGAUGUUUAGCUCUUUUUAAAUCAGAAAAUGCUCAGAGGUCCAUACUGCCUCUGUGAGGUAUAUGCCAAAAAGACUCUAAAGGAAGGACCAUGCUCUGUCUUUGAGGACUCCUGGCCUUGUUGGGAGAAGAAACAGACGUCCUGGAGACAUUGAACGUAUAUUAACCAGUGUGAAAGAUGUGUUUCGUGGAGGUUGGUCGGUUCAUUAUGGAAAUAAAACACUGCCUUAAGCCUGA